UUGUUUUGGUCCGAGGUAAGGGUAGCCAUAGAACGCAGCAUGACAGCAGACAUGGACACCGAGGACUCCAGCGUGGCGGUUAUCAUCAAAAGGCGCCUCACACCACUCAUCCAGGUGGAGGUAGAACCAGUGGGACGAUGGUUCCACAUAUAUGAGGCACGGCGUCUGCGGGGCCACCUCACCUCCUCAGUUGGGGAAAGUGAAGAGGAGAGUGAGGAGGAGGAGGCUCAGGAGGUGGAGGUGGAGGAUGACAUACACUAUCUUCGCUCUCUCAACCCAGCAGACUGGAAGGACCAGGAUCAUUAUGCAGUACUGGGACUCCGAAAGCACAGGUACAAGGCCUCUGAUGAUGACAUCAAAAGAGCGUACCGCAUCAUGGUUCUGUGGCACCACCCAGACAAGCGGCGAGCAGCUGGGGAGGAGGUGAGGGAUGACGAUGACUACUUCACCUGCAUCACCAAAGCCUAUGAGAUUCUCGGGGACCCCAUCAAGCGACGCUCCUGGGACUCGGUGGACCCAGAGUUUGAUGACGAGGUGCCGGCUGUCAGUGCACACAAUAAGGCAAACUUCUUCCAGAUUUUCACAGGGGUGUUUGAGUGCAAUGCUCGUUGGUCCACCCACAAGCACGUUCCUGGCUUGGGCAAACCUGAUGACACCAAACAAAAGGUUGAUCGCUUCUAUGGAUUCUGGUACGACUUUGAUUCCUGGCGAGAGUUUUCAUAUCUGGAUGAGGAGGAAAAGGAGAAGGGACAGGACCGGGAGGAGCGUCGAUGGAUAGAGAAGCAGAACAAGGUAGAGCGAGCGAGGCGUCGGAAGGAGGAGAUGGGUCGAUUGCGCAGGCUAGUUGACAAUGCAUAUGCCUGUGACCCAAGGAUAGCCAAAUUUAAAGAAGAAGACAAGGAAAGAAGACUGGCUCAGAAAAAGGCAAAAGCAGAGGCAAUCAGGCAAAAACAAGAAGAGGAGGAGAGGGUAAGGCAGGAAGCUGAGGAAGCAGAGAGAAAGAAAAGAGAAGCAGAGGAGGCAGAGCAAAGAGCAAAACAGGAGGUAGAAAAGAAGGAAAGAGAGGUGCUGAAGAAAGCAUUCAAAAAAGAGAGGAAGAUGCUGCGGACUCUCUGUAAGGACAACAGUUACUUUGCAUCAGAGGAGGGGGAGCGAGUGCAGACCAUGACAGAUGUGGAGCUGCUGUGUGAGGCACUGGAGCUGACCCGCCUGGAGGAACUCAACAAGGAACUAGCACAAGUGGCCCAGGACAAGAUGCAAGGGUGGGAGGUACUCAUGAAGGAGGUGAGUGAGGUGCGCAACAGGAUCAAAAAGGAGAGGGAGGAGGUGGCAGCAGCGGCAGCAAGGGGAGGGGGUGGAGGAGGAGGGGAAGGUUCAUCACUCAAAGUCUGGAAUCAAGAUGACCUCCAGCUGCUCAUCAAAGCCGUCAACCUCUUCCCUGCCGGCACAACAAAGAGGUGGGAGGUUGUGGCAGAGUAUAUCAACCAACACACAGCCACCAGCAUCACCAGGCUGGCCAAGGAGGUGCUCAAUAAGGCCAAGGAGCUGCAACACUCAGACAAGCACAUGAGGGAGGCAGCCAACAAGAAUGCCUACCACAGCAUGGAGAAGGCACGGGCUCGGCAGGUGAUCAGCGACACCACAGCCUCCCAGAGAUAUGACACACCACAGGAGAUGCUGGGGAUGAACACUGCUGCUUGGGGAGCUGAGGAACAGAGGUUGCUGGAGCAAGCCCUCAAGACCUAUCCAGUCUCUACUCCUGACCGCUGGGACCGCAUUGCCAAGUGUGUCCCCAACCGAACCAAGAAAGACUGCAUGAGGCGCUAUAAGGAGCUUGUUGAGAUGGUGAAGGCAAAGAAGGCAGCUCAGGCUGCUGCAGUGGGAAAAAAGUGAGGAGCCAAACCCUGCUGUCUUCUUUCCUUUGUGUUGCCCUUUAGGUAGUGAGGAGAGACAGGUACCAGCAGGAGCAGUAGUGGUAACAACAGCAGGAUGGAGAGCUUCAGCAAGAUCCUGCCAUACUCCUGCUAUGAGCUCGGCCACUGCUGGAAACACUCGUGCCCCUCAGCCUCCUUUGAAAUCUGUAUCAUUGGGUUCAUUGAAAGCAUCAAAAUCUAUGGUGUGGUGUACUUGCUAACCGGUCUUGUGAAUGCUCGGAAAAUAAGUAUGAAGUAUGGAAAAAAGCUCUUGAAGGACUACUUAACAUCAGUUUGUUUCCUGAUAGUCAAUGCUUUUGGGUACAUUGGCUCCUACUGUGUUGUCAGAAGGUGGAAUUUGAGUCGGCCAAGCUUCAGAAAUGCAGGAAGGAUUAGCGGUGAUGAUGACUGCAGGCUGCCAUCGACCCGCAGGUCAUCACAGGAAUCAAAUGCAGCAUCAGUGUGGCUCACCAAACACUUCCCCUCACACUGGUGGUGUUGACCUGCCUUGUGAACACCUGCCCUCCUGUGUUCCUGCCCUUAAUAGCCCUCCAGGUGACAUCAGAAUGCGGAUGAGGGGACAAGAGAGCCAGUGUUCCAAGUACCACCACCAUCACCACUGCCACCACCACCACCACCACCAUCAGGAGCACAGAUUCACUGAAGUCUCUACCAAGAUUUCUUUGAGUUUUUUGAUAAAUUUAACUUCCAGGAGAGAGAGAGAUGCUGAUUGUUAAAGGCAGUGUGUGAAGCCUGCCCACUGUCUUUGUAUAUACAGGUUAGGUGUGUGUGUGUGUGUGUGUGUGUGUGUGUGUGUGUGUGUGUGUGUGAGUGUUUGUUUGUUUUGUAUCCUCCACACUGCUGGUCUUAAUCUAGCUUGCCAAACUAAAUGAAGUCAUCCACAGCCACAGCCUUAUUCUUCCUUUCAUUUGUAUCUACACAGUCCUAUGAGCAGCUCCUCCUCCUCCUCCUCCUCCUCCUCCUCCUCCUUGUCUUCCUUCUAUUAUUCCUGUUUCCUUGUAUGUCUUAUUCCUCCUCCUCCUCCUCCUCCUCCUCCUCUUAAUGUUUUCUCUUUCACUGCUGUUCAUGAAAGUGUUGAAGAAAUAUUAGUUAUAUCUGGCAGUGAUCAGACCUCAUGUACAGAUGUGGUCCCUUACUACAGACACAGCCUAAGGUAACCUAACCCAAUCAUUUCAGAAGGUGGAAUUUGAGUCGGCCAAGCCUCAGAAAUGCAGGAAGGAUUAGCGGUGAUGACUGCAGGCUGCCAUCGACCCGCAGGUGUGAUGGUGCCCGACCAGCUGGUACACAUCAGUGAGAUGGUGGUGGUGCUGGAAAACAGCUGGUUUGCCAAGUGCAGCGCUGGGCAGGCCGCCCGCCCACACAGUCACCAGAAGGAUCACAGGAUUUGAUAUCAAAGCUGGUGCAGGAAAAGGAAGCAGAUCGUGACCUUGAGCAGCUCGGGAAGAUAAGCAGCGUCCUUAAGAGAACAGUUGCUGUCAUUAGCAGAGUUGGGACCAGUGUGUGUGAGACACACACCAGCAGUGGAAAGGUGGCUGAUGAGCACCUCAAGCACUCUGAAAAGGUGGAGCAACAACAAGAAACAGAAAAUUGCAUCCAUCAUUCUUUGCCUGUGGAGGGAAUUGAUGCUGUGUUGACCCUUGACAGUGACGUCCCUCAUGAGGAGAAUAUGAAUCCUACAGAACUUGCCCAUAGAAAGACCAAAACUGUUACUGCUGCCACUACCACCACUACCACCGCUUCCACUGCCACCAAAAGCCCAACUGUGCAAAGAAUCCUGGACCUCCUCAAUGAAAUGGAGUCCACCAGUCAGCUGGAGCACUCUAGCCUCCAAAAGUUCCAUCUGUGUCCAUUGUGUAUGGGUAAACUUAUCACUGUAUGAGGGGACAAGUAUCAGUGUAUGGUUACUAUAUACUCAUUUGUACUUAAAAAUGUCAUGUCACAUCAUUCUCUCUCUCUCUCUCUCUCUCUCUCUCUCUCUCUCUCUCUCUCUCUCUCUCUCUCUCUCUCUCUCUCUCUCUCUCUCUCUCUCUCUCUCUC